AUGCCGUCGCCGGACGCGGCGGCGAGGCACACGGGCGCCGGCGUGGCGCGUCGGCAGGCCCACCACGAGCGGAUGCGCGACGAGCGCGCUCGGGAGGCGGCCGCGGGCAACGCGGAGCUUCCGCCGGAGGACGACGCGGUCGAGAUGGUGAGCGCCGUCCAGCUGCUGGACAGCGUGGCGGAGGCGGGCCCGAACUACACCCUGCUGCGCAGCAAGGAGACGAAGGCGAAGCGGCGGAAGCGACAGCGCGAGGAUGGCAGGGCGGCGCUCAACGGCCACACUGUCCUGCCCACCGGAUCGCGCCUCGAGAUCUUCUGCGACACCGAGCGGUGGUACCCCGCGACCGUCAUGGGCCGGGAGGAGGACGGGGACGGACGGAUCGCGCACCAGGUCGAGUACGACGGCUACCCGGAUCGGCGGUGGUGGCACAUGCUGGACGACGAGCGGUGGCGAGCCGUCCCAGAGCAGGCCGGCACGGGCGCAGGAGGCGCCGCCGCAGACGCGGAGGACGACGAGCGGCAGGACGAGGCUGCGCGUGGCGACGAGCAGCCGAUGCUAGCGCCCCACGGGCCGGCGCUGUCGGUGCAGCUUCGGCGCGUGCGCCUGCAGCUGCGCGAGUUCCUUGCAACGCAGGCCGCGGCAGGGAAGAGCGUGCCGAUGCAGCGGACGGCCCUCGGUCUGCACCCGACGAUGCGGUGGACGAUCCGCUUCGGCAAGUGGCUGGCGACGACGCGAGUCAGAGCAUUGAGGGCGAGCCGGUGGCACGCGACCGAGCGGGGCGACGCGCGGGAGGAGGAGCCGACGGUGCGCACGGGUCGCGGCGAGAACACGGUCUACGUCGCGCUGCAGCACAUGAAGAACCACGUUACUGGCGAUAUUUAA